AUGGCUGGGCAGGAAAGUACUCCAGACCCUUCCCCAAAGCCUUCCAACCCGCCAGCUCAGCCAGCUCAGGCAACCCAGUCAGCUAAGCCGGCCAAACCUGCAUCACAGCCACCGCCAGCAGACGAUCCGCUACGCCUCUCGUCUUCCGCAGUGCAGACGGCGGAGCAGCAGCGCAAGACGGACUGGAAGAUUGUGAAGCGAUUGAUCGGGCAUGUAUGGCCGAAGGGGGAUACGGGGGCGAAGACGAGGGUCAUUCUUGCGUUGGCCCUGCUUGUAGGAGGAAAGCUUCUCAAUGUGCAAGUACCCUUCUUCUUCAAGAACAUCAUCGAUCAAUUGACAGAGGGCUUGGCCAAGCCGCUGGACUUUGACGAUCCGAGUCUCGCUUGGUAUAUUGCGGGAUCGGCCAUCUUGGGGUACGGUGCUGCUCGCAUUGGGGCGGCCCUCUUCUCUGAGCUGCGAAAUGCCGUCUUUGCAUCGGUGGCGCAGCGAUCCAUACGCAGAGUGGCCAAGAAUGUCUUUACCCACCUCUUGCGGCUGGACUUGGGGUGGCAUCUGAGCAGGCAGACCGGAGGCUUGACAAGAGCGAUUGAUCGCGGCACCAAGGGCAUCUCCUUCCUCCUAACAUCCAUCGUCUUCCAUAUUGUCCCCACGGCCCUCGAGAUCUCAAUGGUCUGCGGCAUCCUCUCAUACAAGUGCGGACCCACAUUCGCGGGCGUGACAGCAGUCACCAUGGCAGCCUAUGCCUGGUUCACCAUCAAGACGACAUCGUGGCGAACGCGCUUCCGUCGCGAAGCCAAUGCGGCUGACAAUCGCGGUGCCACGACGAGCGUCGAUUCCCUCCUCAACUACGAGGCAGUCAAGCACUUUAACAACGAGGCCUACGAGAUCAAGAAGUACGACCGCGCAUUGGCUGACUACGAGACUGCAAGCGUCAAAGUGGCGACCUCCCUCGCUAGCUUGAACUCUGGGCAAAGCAUCAUCUUCUCGACCGCCCUCACAGUCAUGAUGUUCCUUGCGGCCCAAGGCGUUGUAGCCGGAACGAUGACCGUUGGCGACCUCGUGAUGGUGAACCAGCUCGUGUUCCAGCUGAGCUUGCCUCUCAACUUCCUGGGCACAGUGUAUCGCGAGCUGCGUCAGUCGCUCAUUGAUAUGGAGGCCAUGUUCAAUCUCGAGAACGUGCGGGUGGCUGUCCGCGAGGAGAAGGACGCACCUGAGCUCAAGGUGACUGGCGGGGAGAUCCGCUUCGAGAAUGUCACGUUUGGGUACCACCCCGAGAGGCCGAUUUUCAAAAAUUGCUCAUUCACCAUACCCGCGGGCCUCAAGACUGCCUUUGUGGGACCCUCGGGCUGCGGAAAGAGCACGAUCUUCCGUCUCCUGUUUCGCUUCUACACCCCUCAAUCAGGUCGAAUCCUCAUCGACGGGCAGGACAUCACGCGCGUCUCAUUGACAUCGCUGCGUAGGGCCAUCGGUGUCGUCCCGCAGGACACGCCCCUCUUCAAUGCCGACGUGAGGCACAACAUUCGCUACGGCCGACUGGACGCGACGGAUGAGGAGGUGGAAGCUGCAGCGAGGCGCGCGAAGUUGGAUGCCAUUCUGCAGACACUGCCGGACGGGUAUGAAACGCAGGUGGGGGAGAGAGGAUUGAUGAUCUCGGGUGGUGAGAAGCAGAGGUUGGCUAUUGCCAGGCUGCUGUUGAAGGAUCCGGACAUCCUCUUCCUCGAUGAGGCGACGAGUGCGCUGGACAUCUUUACGGAGACCUCGCUCAUGCGCGACCUCAACUCCUCUCUCCUCGCGUCUAAGCGCACGGCAAUCUUUGUAGCCCACCGUCUGCGCACGGUCAGUGAUGCCGACUUGAUCGUCGUGCUCGGGGACGGCAAAGUGGUACAACAAGGCACGCACUCCCAGCUCCUCGAGCAGGGAGGCUUGUACGCUGAUCUGUGGAAUGGACAGAGCGCAGGUAUUGAGGCGGCCAUUGAGGGGCAGGAGGAGCAGGAGGCUGAGCAAAAGAGGAGGGAGGAAGGGGUCGAGGUGCCCGGACCGGGACCGUGA